AUGGCAUGCUGCAAGGUGUACAUAUCUGAAAGCCGAAACAGGGCUUCAUUGGAGGCAAUUGAAAGGGCAGCCAAGCUAUUUCCUGAGGCUCCAAUUGUCAACAAGUUUGAAGACGAAACUUAUAACAGAGUUGGGUACACCCUUGUGUCCAAAUUGGUUCCAUGUUGUACCCUCAAGAGUGCUGUUUUUGAAAUGGUGAAAGCUGCUUUUGAAUCCAUUGAUCUUGAAAUGCACACUGGGACUCAUCCUAGGCUUGGUGUUGUGGACCACAUUUGUUUCCAUCCCUUGGUUGGUAUUUCUUUGGAUAAUGUUGCAGGGACUGCAAAAUCUCUGGCUGCUGAUGUUGGCUCAAGGCUUCAAGUUGCUACCUUCUUAUAUGGAGCUGCACAUGGAGAGGCAAGGACCCUUGAUUCAAUCAGAAGAGAACUCGGGUAUUUCAAGCCUAAUUCAGGUGAUAAUCAGUGGGUUGGUGGGCCUAAGUCAGAGUUUUUGCAACUGAGUCCAGACGAAGGACCUCCUCGAGCAGUUCAAGGCAAGGGUGUUGUCGUAAUUGGAGCAACCCCAUGGGUCGAUAACUACAAUGUACCAAUAUUCUCUAAUGACAUAACAGCAGUUCGUAAAAUCGCAAAGAGAGUGAGUGGUAGAUGGGGUGGACUCCAAUCGGUGCAAUCUAUGGCACUUGCUCAUGGUGAAGGUAUAAUUGAGGUAGCCUGCAAUUUACUAGAACCAAGUAGAGUUGGUGGCAGUCAAGUUCAAGUUCAAAUUGAGCAGCUUGCUAAGGAAGAGGGUCUAGAAGUUGGGAAGGGGUACUAUACUGAUUUUUCUCAAGAGAAAAUAGUUGAAACUUACUUAAAGCUGAGUCAUUAUUCUGACUAA